AGAUUCGAAUGAAAUAAAUUACGUUAAAGAACAGUUCCCCGAACAAGUGUGUAAUAAAUGAUAGCCACAAUUAUUUUGUGAUAGUAGUAGGGCAGGAUGAGGCAAUUCCAUCAUCCCAGAGUUCACAAACAAAAUACACAAAGCUUUUCAGAGCAGUUUCACUUUCUCCCUGUGUGACGAAAGCAUUUACUGCCUCAAACCUCCAGCUGCGCGAUCCUAGUUCUCACAAUCCUUUAAGGCUUCAGGGCGUUAAUAAUCCUAAAGCCCGUUUAUGCAUUCAAGGAGCCAGUUCACGCAUUACAAGUCUUUCUUUCCAUCUUAGCCCGAUGACUAGAGCUAGAAAAGUGCUGCCGAACCAAAUAAAAAAAGAGACAUACUUCACUAAAAAUUUAUAUAGCUCAAACGUAGACUGAUUUUGGCGACCGAUAGGGAAGACGUUCUUAAUGUUCUUUGGGAGCUUUUUUGGGGGGGAGGUAGUUAAAGCAGACAUUGCUCCAAGGUCAGUAGAGACGCAGGCAUCAGUAGCCUUGUCGCUCCCUAGUCCCUCCUCCCGCCUCGCCUGCCUUCCCUUCCCCGCGACAUCUCAGCCGGAGCGUGGCCCAGGCAAGCGCCGAGCCCCGGCCAGACGCGAUCGGGGGAGGCGGGGCCGAAACCGAACUUCAUUGUUCACGGGACCGACUCUUCCCGAAAGAGCCCGUUGGCAGCGCCUGCGCAGUACGCGCUCUUUGUGCCAGGCUGCAGUAAGCUGUUUGUGUGCGUCUCUUCCCGAGGCCAUGGAGGCGGAGCCCCAGGGGCGUGGCUUUCUCUGUCGCGCCCGGAUUGGGCUUCCGCGGGGAGGUGGGCGGGCUCGGGGCGGAGCCUCUGAUAACAACACUGGGAACCCAGACCUGGGCUAUUUGUUGCUGCGCCGCCUCCGCCCGAGUCAUGUUCCAAGCUCCUCCGUGGCUCUCAGCAGCAACCGCCGCCGCCCGGUGAGCACGGGCUUCACUUCCUCUUCUUCCUGCCGAGCCUCCUGACUCCUAGCGCUAUGACUGUCGUCUCAGUCCCGCAGCGGGAGCCGCUCGUCUUGAGCAGCCGUCUUGCGCCGCUUGGCUUUUCUGCCCGCGGGUACUUCGGGGCCUUCCCGAUGGUGACCUCGGCUCCGCCGCCUGUACCCCGGAUCCCAGACCCCCGGACGCUGCCCCCAACUCUCUUCCUCCCACACUUCCUCGGGGGAGACGGGCCCUGCCUGGCCCCCCUGCCUCGCGCCCCAGCAGCAGCUCUGCCCCACUGCAGCAGCCCGGCCGUGGCGGGAGGCGCCCCGCGGGCAGCCCCGAAGAAGCGGCGGAAGAAGAAGGUGCGAGCCAGCCCGGCGGGGCAGCUGCCCAGUCGGUUCCAGCAGUAUCAGCAGCACCGGCCGAAUCUAGAGGGCGGCCGGAGUUCGGGGACGGUCCCGGGCCAGGCCGCCGCCUCAGCCCCGGGCCCAGCGUCCAUAGCCUCAGCUGAGGGAGUUAGCCUGGCACCCGGGCCGCUGCGGCCCGCGGCGCCGAGCCAAGCCCCGCUGAGAAAGGAGGUAUUAAAGUCAAAGAUGGGAAAAUCGGAGAAAAUUGCCCUUCCCCACGGCCAAUUUGUUCAUGGUAUACACUUGUGUGAACAACCAAAGAUAAACAGACAGAAAAGCAAAUAUAACUUGCCACUAACCAAGAUCACCUCUGCAAAACGGAAUGAGAAUAACUUUUGGCAGGAUUCUGUUUCGCCUGAUAGGAUUCAGAAGCAGGACAAAAAGCCUUUUAAAAAUACAGAAAACAUUAAAAAUACGCAUUUGAAGAAAUCAGCAUUUCCAACUGAAGUGAGCCAAAAGGAAAAUUACGCUGGGGCAAAGUUCAGUGACCCGCCUUCUCCUAGUGUUCUUCCAAAGCCGCCUAGCCACUGGAUGGGAAGCACUGUUGAAAAUUCUGUCCAAAACAGGGAGCUGAUGGCAGUACACUUAAAGACGCUCCUAAAAGUUCAAACUUAGAUUUCAGUAUGUAUGUAAAACAUAGUUUUUCCCAAGUCCCUGAACUCCUUAAAAGAAAAGUGGUACAGAAGUGGAAAUUUGUACCAUUUGAGUGCAAAAGAUGAGCUUAGAGUUACAUACAGCUUGUAUUAUAUUUUAUAUUUUGUAAAUACUGUAUACCAUGUAUUAUGUGUAUAUUGUUCAUAUUUGAGAGGUACAUUAUAGUUUUGUUAUGAAAGUAUGUAUUUUGCCCUGCCAGUGUGGUAGGUGUUUUGUAUAUAUAGUGGACAAAUUUUAACUGUGCUAAGGCACAUGGAAGACUGACUUAUUUGCACAAGGUACGAAGAGAUUUUUUUUUUUUUUAAGAAACAGCUGUUAAAUCUCAAAGUGAAGAUCUAAAUGUGAACGGUUUAUUAAUGCACUACUGAAGUUAAAAUCUGUGGCACAAUCAUUGUAAACAUGGGGUUUGUCUGUGUUUCUCUAAUUGAUUUCUGCCUUCUAAUCUGUAAUUGUUGGAAAAUUCCUGUUCUCAUUUUUACCAAACUUAAUUUGUGGGUUUUGGUAUAUAGCCAUUAUUCAAAUUUAAAAUGCCUCUAACUUUAAUGCCAACAGAAUUGGUUGUAAUCAAAUUUUAAAGUAAUAAUAAUUUGACCCUCCCCCCUUUUAAACUAGUCUUGAUUCUUUGUGUAUGACUGUUUGAAUGUGACCAAGAGAUGAUUUUGUAUGAUUGGAUUUUAACUUU